UCAGCUUGGUAGUCCCGGACCCAGAGAGGAGCUGGGGCUGCGGUCCGCACAGCGGGGACGGCGGGCGGCGCCGCAGGAGGCGAUGGGGACGCGCGCUCUGUCCCGCUGCCCAUCCGGUGUCCCCGCUCCGUAGGGAACGGCGGUGGAGAGGAUAGACUCACCACAGACCACCACCCUCCGGGGUGGGGGGAACCUACUGGAGGUGGUCCCCCCACCACCACCCAGCCGUCGUGUCUCGCGGACUCCCAGGGUGUGGAAGAGGAGCGUAUCCAGAGUGGAGCUCCGAGCAUGGGGACGGCAGCUGCGGGCGGCGGCUGCGGAGCGCGCCGAUGGCUCCCGUGGCUAGGACUCUGUUUCUGGGCGGCGGGGGCUGCGGCUGCCCGAGGAGCCGACAAUGGUGAAGUUCUUCCAGACUCUAUCCCUUCUGCCCCUGGAACACUGCCUCAUUUCAUAGAGGAGCCUGAAGAUGCCUACAUCAUCAAGAGCAAUCCAAUUGCACUCAGAUGCAAAGCCAGGCCAGCCAUGCAGAUUUUCUUCAAGUGCAAUGGAGAGUGGGUCCAUCAGAAUGAGCACGUCUCAGAGGAAAGUCUGGACGAGAGCUCAGGCUUGAAGGUCCGGGAAGUGUUCAUCAAUGUCACCAGGCAGCAGGUGGAAGACUUCCAUGGACCAGAGGACUAUUGGUGCCAGUGUGUGGCAUGGAGCCACCUGGGAACUUCCAAGAGUAGGAAAGCUUCUGUACGCAUAGCCUAUUUACGGAAAAACUUUGAGCAAGAUCCACAAGGCAGGGAGGUUCCUAUUGAAGGCAUGAUUGUGUUGCAUUGCCGCCCACCAGAGGGAGUCCCUGCAGCGGAGGUGGAAUGGCUGAAAAAUGAGGAACCCAUUGACUCUACACAGGAUGAGAACAUUGACACCAGGGCUGACCAUAACCUCAUCAUCAGGCAGGCCCGGCUCUCAGACUCAGGGAAUUAUACCUGUAUGGCAGCCAACAUCGUGGCCAAGAGGAGGAGCCUGUCAGCAACUGUGGUGGUCUACGUGAAUGGAGGCUGGUCUUCCUGGACAGAGUGGUCAGCCUGCAAUGUUCGCUGUGGUAGAGGAUGGCAGAAACGUUCCCGGACCUGCACCAACCCCGCUCCUCUCAAUGGUGGGGCCUUUUGUGAGGGAAUGUCAGUGCAGAAAAUAACGUGCACUGCUCUCUGUCCUGUGGAUGGCAGCUGGGAAGUAUGGAGUGAAUGGUCAGUGUGCAGCCCAGAGUGUGAACAUCUCCGUAUCCGUGAGUGCACAGCUCCACCCCCAAGAAAUGGGGGCAAGUUUUGUGAAGGUCUCAGCCAGGAAUCUGAAAACUGCACAGAUGGUCUCUGCAUUCUAGAUAAAAAACCUCUUCAUGAAAUAAAACCCCAAAGAUGGAGUAGGAGAGGCAUUGAGAAUGCCAGCGAUAUUGCAUUGUACUCCGGCUUGGGUGCAGCUGUCGUGGCUGUUGCAGUCCUGGUGAUUGGUGUCACCCUCUACAGACGGAGUCACAGUGACUACGGCGUGGAUGUCAUUGACUCUUCUGCAUUGACAGGUGGCUUCCAGACCUUCAACUUCAAAACAGUUCGUCAAGGAAACUCUCUACUCCUGAAUCCUGCCAUGCAGCCAGACCUGACAGUGAGCCGGACAUACAGUGGGCCCAUAUGUCUGCAGGAUCCGCUGGACAAGGAGCUCAUGACGGAGUCCUCGCUCUUUAACCCUCUAUCUGACAUCAAGGUCAAAGUCCAGAGCUCCUUCAUGGUUUCCCUGGGAGUGUCUGAGCGAGCCGAGUACCAUGGCAAGAAUCACUCUGGGACUUUUCCCCAUGGAAACAACCGUGGCUUUAGCACAGUACACCCCAGAAACAAAACACCAUACAUCCAAAAUCUGUCAUCCCUGCCCACAAGGACAGAGCUGAGAACAACCGGUGUCUUUGGCCAUUUAGGGGGCCGCUUAGUAAUGCCAAAUACAGGGGUGAGUCUACUCAUACCACAUGGCGCCAUCCCAGAGGAGAAUUCUUGGGAGAUUUAUAUGUCAAUCAACCAAGGUGAACCAAGCCUGCAGUCAGAUGGAUCUGAGGUGCUCCUGAGUCCUGAAGUCACCUGUGGUCCUCCUGAUAUGCUCGUCACAACUCCCUUCGCACUGACCAUCCCUCACUGUGCAGACGUCAGCUCAGAGCACUGGAACAUCCACUUGAAGAAGAGGACACAGCAGGGGAAGUGGGAGGAAGUGAUGUCAGUGGAGGAUGAAUCCACAUCCUGUUACUGCCUUUUGGAUCCUUUUGCCUGCCAUGUUCUACUUGAUAGCUUUGGAACGUAUGCCCUCACAGGAGAGCCAAUCACAGACUGUGCCGUAAAGCAGCUCAAGGUGGCCGUGUUUGGCUGCAUGUCCUGUAACUCCUUGGAUUACAACCUGAGAGUUUACUGUGUGGACAACACCCCUUGUGCAUUUCAGGAAGUGGUUUCUGAUGAACGGCACCAAGGCGGCCAGCUCCUGGAAGAACCAAAGCUGCUGCAUUUCAAAGGGAAUACCUUCAGUCUUCAGAUAUCUGUCCUUGACAUCCCUCCAUUCCUCUGGAGGAUCAAACCUUUCACUGCAUGCCAGGAAGUCCCCUUCUCUCGAGUGUGGAGCAGCAACCGGCAGCCCUUGCACUGUGCCUUCUCCCUAGAGCGCUACACGCCCACCACCACCCAGCUGUCCUGCAAAAUCUGCAUCCGGCAGCUCAAAGGCCAUGAACAGAUCCUCCAAGUGCAGACAUCCAUCCUAGAGAGUGAACGAGAAACCAUCACUUUCUUCGCACAAGAGGACAGUACUUUCCCUGCACAGACUGGUCCAAAAGCCUUCAAAAUUCCCUAUUCCAUCAGACAGAGGAUCUGUGCUACGUUUGAUACCCCCAAUGCCAAAGGCAAGGACUGGCAGAUGUUAGCACAGAAAAACAGCAUCAAUAGGAAUCUGUCGUAUUUUGCUACCCAAAGUAGCCCCUCAGCUGUCAUUUUGAACCUCUGGGAAGCUCGUCAUCAACAGGAUGGGGAUCUCGACUCACUGGCCUGCGCCCUUGAAGAGAUUGGGAGGACACACACAAAACUGUCAAACAUCACAGAGUCCCAGCUUGAGGAAGCUGACUUCAACUACAGCAGGCAAAAUGGACUCUAGUCUGUGUUCCUUCCCUCUUGAGGCAGCACUAGCCAUGGCCAGCUUCAGGGCAAGUGGCUUCAACUGGGGAAGAAGAGGCAGGCUUCUGCCCAGUGGCAUUUGGGAAAUUCAGUCUUUAUUGAGAGUCAUUGAAAAUCCCUGGUUGAAGAAAAUAAGUUUGAUGUAGGUAAGACAUGUUCCUAGCAGGGGACCAAAAACUAAAAAAUAAAAGGAGACCCUGCUAUCUCCUCUGAGGCUCCACACGGGUAAACAUUGGAUAAACUCCUCAGAUUUGGACUGCUGAGGAGAGAGGUGAAGGUAACUGUAGAUAAGAGUAGUUCUGAAAAAUAGAUACACUACAUGAAAGCUAGGAUGGCAGAGAUUAAUCGCAUGUUGGGAAACAGGUUUAGAAUGACUUGCCCCUCCGGGCCAGCUGAUUCUGAUACUAGAUUUUCAGUUUCCCACCAACUAGCAUCUGGGAUUUUGGAAAUCAUGGUAAGCCUAAUUUUCAGAAGUGAAACCCAAUCGCCACCUAUUAGUAUGAUGUCACCAUUGUUGGGGAGGGCAUUUAGAAUUGAGAACCUGAGGAUAUCACACCAGCACUUAUUAUAUGAGUCACUUAAUUGAGACAAGAUCAAAAAGCAAGGUAGACCUCAAACUGGUUCUUGGUACCUCACCUUCAUUUCCCACCCACAAGAAACAAAACUCAUCUCUAUUCCCAUCCUGACAGAUUGCAGGAUGGAGAUAGUAAAAACAUGGUUAUAGGUUUCAAUAUGGAAACAUAUUUCUCCUGACUUAACAGAUCAGGACAACCUCUGUUCCUAGCCAAACUACUCAAAUCUCAGAGUGCUGUUAGAACACAGUUCACUCCAUAGAGUGGAGACAGGAGAGGCUAGCCCAGGUCCAAGAAAAGACAUAGACUGCAGAUGUCCCAGGCUGCUUUGAGUAAGCUCUGAUUCUAGGAGAUGGGUAUUAAGCCAACUUCUCCAAUAUUUUUUUUCCUAUAAGAAAUGUGUUUUACUGUGCUUUUCCAUUCAGAUUCCGGAACUCUUCUAACCUUUUCUACUGUGCCGUCACAGUAUGUCUCAAUGGAGCUUUAGGACAUGACACCCUGCUGCCAAUUUUGGAAACCUACCUGAUAGCUUUUCUGAGUAGGACCCAAGUAAAUGCAUCCAAGGAAUAGCAUACCCCACUACACCGGCCUAGAAACCACACGAAUCAUUCGCAGAGACUUUGUGCACUGACUGCCUGGUCUCACCAUGUAUGCUUUCUCCUUAGUGCUGUUAACUCAUAGCUCUCAUUUUAUGAUUUUUAUUAAUAUAAGGCAGUGGCAUUGUAGAGAACUGAAAUCUGUAGAUUAUUUGUGAGCUUCAUCUUAUGCUUUACUACACUUUUGUAUGCAAUUAUAUCGUUUUGACCAAUACCCCGGGAGACUCAAGGUGAACCAUCUUCUGGUGGAUGCUUUCGGUAACCGUUCACAAUGAGGAUGGCCCAAGUCAGAUACCUGCACUAAAUUCCAGGCAGCUACUUAACUACUCUGAGGCUGACUACCUUUGGUCAGAAAUAGGAGAAGCGAGAACCCUUGGUAAUGAGGAUAUGAUUGUGCUUUUAUUUUUAUGGACCCUUUGUUUGAAAACAAAUGUUUGCCAUCUCUUCCCAAGUGGAAAAGACUUAAAGACAGGUUGAAGUUAUGAUCCCAUGGAUAAGGCAUUGAAGAACUCUUGAAAGUGUUAGCCAUUUUGUCUAACUAAUAUGUGAUAUAUCUGGCCACUAAUAUUACAUGGAAGACUUUGCCAUGUGCAAAUAAAAAAAUGUGUAUUGCUUUGCUCAGGAACCAAAGGCUUAUUCUAUUGAACAAACAGAUCAUCUUAUAACUGUCAAACAUACUCAGAAUCCCAUUUCUGGGUCAGGAAAGCACCUUUUUCCUAGUCUUCUCAACUUAUUUAUUCAUCCUUGUGAAGAAGAAAGAGAAAGAGCAUAAAACUAAAACUGUUUGGCAUCACUGAUACAGUUUUUGAAAAAAAAAAAAGGGAUAUAAAUAACGGAUGAGUCACAAACUAGAUAGGUGAUGAGUGGCAGGAUGAGAUGCAGAUUGCAUCUGCAUCCUUUGUUAGGUAAUAAAUUGUAACACAUUCUAGAGAGAGCUCAUAUUAAUGUCCAUUUGGAAGAUUUUUGUUUUAAAAAACCCUAGCCAUGUCUCUUCUUCUCUCCCACCCACCCCCCAAAAAAAAUUGGCCUUAUAAUUGUUUAUCUGUUGUGUGAUCCUGCACAUGUUCUUUGUAGAUUUUUAAAGCUUUUUUAUAAUACUAUAAGCAGAUAAAAGCUGUAACUUUCCUUCCUGGCAUCUAUGGAGGUUAUUUUAAGGGAAAGUAACAUGAACAACAUAAAUGUUGGUCAAGUGUAUGCAGCUCCCCUGCUGGUUUCAGGUUUUGUGUUUUGUUUGUUUCUCUUUUGGCCUAUGUUUAUAAGUGCACUUGAGCAAAGUAUCCCACGCAGGAUAAGGGGGAAGUGAACACGAGGCUCCUUACCUCCCAGCCCAUGGUUCUGUGAGAUUCACCUUGACUCUUUUGAGUUUCCUUCUUUACAGCUCUCUUCUUUCUGCUAGGAUACUACACAGGAUUUUGAAAUAAAUAUGUUAAAUUCUACAGUCUUUGCAUGCUAGGGUUGUGUAAUGUUUUACAAAGAAAUUUCAAAGAGAACCCUGGUCUGUGAGAUUUACAGACCAAGGGAUCAUAUGUGUUGGGGGAGGGUCUGCAGGUCACACAGUCUUAGCUCACACUUGAAAGUGUGAUGGGUCACUGUGACCUCAAGUUUCUCCAUUAUCUUCACCUGUCACAACACAAAUGUCCCUCUUGGAAGAAGCUUACUCAUGACUCCAGGCACUGAAUUUCGAAGUAUCACUGUCCUAGUAUAAGAUGAAGCAAAAACUAAAAGUGGCCUUAAAUACAAAAAUAGCCAACUUAAUGCCAAAUUUCUCAGUGCUCGGAGACAUUAGGCUAAUAGUUAUACUUCAAACACAAAUGAAAAUUAUGCUACCAAAAUGAUGUGAUCCACAGUUUCGCCAGACUGCAGCAUCGUAAAGUUAAUUUAUAGUCUUUACAACAUCACAUACACAGUCUUAGCAUUUGACAUUAACAUCCUUUAAGCCAAAAGGAAGCUUUUUCUGUGGAUUUAAAUGCAAACUUCAUUUACCAGUGCAGGCAGACUCAUAAAACUCAGAUGUACUCCCACAAAAUUUUUAUUGGCCUUUUUGUAAGAGGAAUUGAUACAGUUCCUUUAAAGAGAGGAACUUUUCCCUUAUUUUUUAUUAUUUUUAUCUCAAACUGCUAUGGUCCUGGUAUUUUUUUUUUUCUUUCAUUUAGUGGAGAGAAAAACUAUUAAGUCAAAUCACACAGGGUUCUCUUUGGAGUAAAAUAUCUGGAGUUAUUGCAGUGAUUUUUUUCCCUUGACAAAACCUCUAAAUAUCAAACAUGAGAAGCAAAGGUAGGAAAAUAAAAUGGCAUAAAUGGUUUUAUACACUUUCACUGAAUUUACCUGUGACUUUCAUAAUGUUAACAAAAUCUUUGGGAUAUGCUUUGGGUUUUUUGUUAUUUUGUUUGGUUUUCUUGGCUCUUUUUUUUGGGGGGGGGCUGUUUGUUUUUUUUCUUUCAGACGUUUUCAAUUUCUUGGUCUGUCUGGCCUCUGUAAAUGUGUUGAAUGAUAGAGCUUUCAGACACGCUACAGGCAACAUUCUCUGAGGUCUUUUAUUCCAGUAGAAAUAAGGAAGGAGCUGAGAAACGUGCCUCUCUGGCCCACUGCGUGGCCCAUUUUCAUUCUGUCUCUCAUGAUGCAUUGCAAAGCCUGAAUCCUUAGUAACUCCUGUUGGCUGGACAACAGGUGACAGCCACAGCCCCUAGGAGAGCAAAAAUGUGGGCUUACCAAUGGUGACAACAUUUUAUCAGCCCUUUGGUGUUCAUUGUCAUAGCACUGUGUUUGGACAUUGAUGCUUCUGGCCAACAGUUGAAUGGCCAUUGUUUCAUGGUUACCACUGUUUUGUCCGCAUAGAAUUUUCCUGAACUACAAGCAAAAACGUAUUUUGUCAAAUGUCACAAAAGUGAAACUGUUAACUAAUCUUAGCUGUGUUGCAUAUUUUGUGUUUUCCUUUUCCAAACUCUUUCAAAAGCUGAGGUGACAAAGCUGUUUGGCUGUGUUGGCAGCAUGUGGUGUCGUUCGCAGAAGCAACUCUAGGAGCGCCAGUGUCUACCGUGGACUCUUCACAUCCCCACGACAGGGUCACCAACAAAGCUGAAAUGGCAGUUUGUAGACUGUAAUCAUUUUCUGAGGACCAAAGGGGAUGGAUGGUACCAGGCCUGGCUAUUAGUCACUAGUGCGUAGUACUGUGAUCUCAAGUAGGAAGUUUAUCUCGCGUAGAAUAAUUGUGGUUUUUGAAGCAGCUACUCAUUGCUUUUCCCUUUUGCUGUGAAGAUCAUGGAUUUGGGAUGUCCUCAUGAAGUGGGCCUAAGACAGGAACAUUUCAACUUCAUGUCUUUGAACCUACCAUCCAUCUGAAUCCCAAGAUUAAAAAAGUCAGUAAACAUUCUAGCUAGGCCUAAGCUUAAAAUUCUCCCUGCCCUGACUAGUAUUAAGUUCAACAGGAGUUGUAUCAUUUUGCCCCAAAGUUAUUAUACCUUGGAUUCCUUUAUAUAUGAAUGAAUUUGGUAAUGUCUUUCUUUACCUCAAUGGAAAUACGUGUCAAAUACUUUCACAAAAGGCAUGGGUAUAAUGAAUAUAUAUGCCUUUUGUCUUAAAUUUGGCUAACUCUAAGAAAAUUUUCACCUAAUUCAAACCAUACUCCACACCUAAAUUCCAGAAUUGAGAAAGUUGUUUAAGAACCUUAAAAUCUGAGCCAUUUCUGGUGGGUGUUGAUCUAACUGGGGUUCUGAUGAAAGCGUGAUAUUAAAGGGGACUAUGCAAGCCACAUGUCAUGCCACGAGACCCCUCUCCUGAAACACAGGAAUUCUGCUCAAAUGUGGAAGCAGCAAUGCUAAUAGUCCUUCCUUAGCAGACGUGGGGAGGGGAAAAAGGGAAAGUCCUCAAGCUACAGUCCUCAAAGCCUCCUGGGAGAAAAGCUGAGCGUAGAAACCCCUAUAAGAUCUCUCAAAGAUGCUUCCUGCUCCUAUGGAAAACUCCCCAAUAAAGGGGGACAUACCCAAGUGUCAGAAUUCCCCAGUCAGGAAAACAGCCAUCUCCUUUUCUUCACAAGAUGAAGAACAGAAUUUCCAUUUUUCCUAAUUAGGUCUGCUUGAUACAUACACUCCAGCAAAGCUUGACCUAGAAGUAUUGUAAACACAGGCAGGUAGAACAAUACUGGCUCAUUUCCCUAGCCCAAACUUGGAAACAUGAGUAAUAUUUUUUCUCCCCUUCUAUAUGGAAGAAUUUAAAACAUUUCAUUUUGUUCUUUUUAUUUUGGGAAGGUAUAUGGGGGUGUUCUUUCAAAUGAUUCAUUUUUUUUUUCAAACCCUACCACUCUUGACAUUUAUUUGGUGUGUUCAAAGCCAAAAAUUAUGAAAUAGUAUUUAAAGCAGAGCUGAACACUAACUUGGACAUGAAGCUGAAGGAGUGAACAAGCCAGAGGAGAGGGUCUAAGCAAAGCAUGGCCUUGGCUUCAUACCACACUUUUUGUGCCUUGUAUUAUCAGUGUAAAUUCUGAAUGUUGUACAGUAAAUACUUGGAUGGACUCCUUAGAGAAGGAUGCACCGGCUUCUUUUUCAGCACAUGUACAUAUCUAUAAAUAUAUAUACAUAUAUAUUUGGUAAUGCCAAACAGCUAUGUUAUAUUGUACUGAACAAAAUGGCCCGUUUGGAUGUUUUAUGUAGUUUGCAAAAAAAAAAAAAAAAUGGAUGGUUAUCGACUUUUCAAGAUAAAUGUACAGGCAUAAAUUACUGCUUAUCAGUUAUUUAUGAAUAAAGAGUCUUUUAUUGACAUUUUA